ACUGGGCAUGAGCUCGGGGUCCGCCCCACGGCUGCGCGCUCUCCAGCGACACCUGGGCUCCCCGGAGGGCAGAGGCAUGGAGCCAGUCAGCAGCCCGCUGACCACACAUGUGCUGGACACUGCCUCAGGGCUCCCGGCCCAGGGCCUCUGCCUCUGUCUGUCGAGACUCGAGGAUCACGGCCAGCAGUGGACAGAACUGAGGAGAAGCUACACCAACCCCGAUGGACGCUGCCCUGGGCUCCUGCUGCCAGGCCAGAUGAAGGCGGGCACCUACAAGCUGACCUUCGACACCGAGGGUUACUGGAAGAAAAGGGGGCAGGACAGCUUCUACCCGUACGUGGAGGUCGUUUUCACCAUCACAAACGAAACCCACAAGUUCCACGUCCCCCUGCUACUGAGCCCAUGGUCCUACACCACCUACCGAGGGAGCUGACCACCAGCUGGCCCGAGAGCACCAACGCCCUCACUGUGGCCUGAGCCGCCCCCAGACCUGCACAGGGCUCCAUGUUCCUCACGGGGCCUCAGGUCCCACUUCCUGGGGGAGGUUCUGGCCCCCAAUUCCUAGUGGCACUGUGACUUGGGCAUCAAUAAAGUUAUGUGGCACCUGCA